GGCGGACACCAAUGAGGAAGCUGAAUUUCGAGGAGCAGUUGGUCGAAGGGCAAGCAAGUUCCGUCGGUCCGGCAGCAACGUUCAGGCUGUGCAGGAGACAAUGAAGGAGAAGCAGGCCAGGUACAAGGAGGCUAGAGAGAUUAGGAGGAAACAGAUUACCGUUGGGCACAAGUACAUCUUUGAGGUUCUGUCUGACAGGCUUUCCCUUGAGCUAUCUGCAGUGGAGGACUUUAUGUUAGAUGCUCCAUCUUUUGCCCAAUUUGAUGAGUUCUUUGCCAAAGGUGGACGUAAGACUAUUGCAUUUGUGUACCAGGAGACUGAAGUCCCAGGAAUAGAAUGUGGACGCACUUUCCCUGGAACUGCAAAAGGAGCCAAGUUAAUGAGACUGUUUGUAGCCAAUUUGUCAGAAGUAUGUCUUAAAGGGUUGUGCCUUUUUUUUGUGCGAACUAAAGUGGAGACGCCUGUCAACCCAAAGAGCAUACAUGAGGAGGUAUUCUUUUCAAUGCUUGAUGCCACUGAUGGUCUUCUAAAAGGCACCAUGAAUCUGUACUCAAAGAUUUUAUUGCCAGCUGUCAAUGCAACAGAAAACUGGGGAGCAUUAAAUCAGUCUAAACAUGGAGAAAAAGUUAAAGAGAACUUCAAAGACACCAUCACCCGCUAUGUUAGUUUCCUUGAUGGAAUCCAAGUAAGCAUCGAAGGCACUGUUGAGCUGAAGCCAGCUGAAGGUGUCGACUUCUCCAGGCUGGUGUCCUUCGAAGACAUUAAGACAGCAGCUGCAGACAAUGACAUGGUGCAUCAACUUGAAGGAGUGUUGAUGAUGUGGUACAAACAGAUUGAACAGGUCCUCACAGAAAGCGAUCAGAUGAGGAAAGAGGCUGAUGCUUCUGGACCGCUGACUGAGUUAGAGCACUGGAAGAGGAUGUCAGCCAAGUUCAACUCAAUCAUCGAGCAUAUCAAGGGCCCAGAGUGCAAGGCAGUGGUGAACGUGCUCAAUAUCAACCGCUCCAAAAUGCUGAAGACAUGGAAGGAGCUGGAUGUCAGGAUAACGAAUUGUGCAAACGAGGCCAAAGAUAACGUGAAAUUCCUGUAUACCCUGGAAAAAGUCUGCCAACCUCUCUACAACUGUGAUCCGGUCACCAUGGCCAAGAGCAUUCCGAACCUUAUCAAUGCCAUUCGAAUGAUUCACAGUGUUUCACAAUAUUACAAUACAUCCGAGAGAAUGACUUCACUCUUCAUCAAAGUUACAAAUCAGAUGGUCACAGCAUGCAGAGCCUAUAUUACUGACAACGGGUCUUGCCGAGUGUGGGACCAGGACACACAGGACAUCAUUAAGAAAAUACAGGACUGUAUCAGCUUGUAUCGGGAGUAUCAGUCCUGCUUCCAUGAGACGAGGAAACAGACCAUGGGGAGGCCUGGGGAAAAGCCUUUCGAAGUGUCGGAGAUGUACAUAUUUGGCAAGUUUGAAGGGUUUUGCAAAAGAUUGGAAAAGAUAACCCAAAUGAUUACAGCAGUGAAGACUUUCUCUGUUCUUGGAGUAUCAACCAUCGAAGGAAUCGAUACACUGGCUGGGAAGUUCCAGAACAUGUACUUAACCAUGAAGAAGAAGCAGUACGAUAUCUUGGCUCCGAGGAAAGCCGAGUUUGAGGUGGACUUUGCUGAAUUCAUGACUCAGAUGAAUAACCUUGAGAACCAGCUACAGAUUUUCAUGAAUUCCUGUUUCUCCAAAAUCCUAUCUUCUCAGCAAGCCCUUGGUCUCCUUCAGAGAUUUCAGAAGCUGAACAUGCCCUGUUUACAAGCAGAAAUAUCCAACACAGUGGGCCUUAUCUUUCAGCACUAUGUCUCAGAGCUGGAGUAUGUGAAGAAGCUCUACCAGACACACAGAGAGGACCCUCCUUUAGCCAGGAACAUGCCUCCAGUAGCUGGUAGGAUUGUUUGGGUCAAACAGCUGUACAGGAGAAUAGAGGAACCCAUAGACUACAUACAGAAAAACUCAAACAUCCUGUCCACCACGGAGGGAAAGGAGGUGGUCAAGAUGUUUAACCGCACUGCGGCAGUGUUUGUCGAGUUUGAGCUUCUUUACUACAGAGCCUGGAUUAGGGAGGUCACACAACUCCAAUAUGCUCUACAAGCUACGUUGUUAGUUCGCCACCCAAGCACUGGAAAACUACUUGUUAACUUUGAUCCUAAAAUCACUGAGAUCAUCCGAGAGACCAAGUGUAUGCUGAAGAUGGGCCUGGAGGUUCCUGAUCAGGCCUUGAGAAUGGUCAAGACGGAACGCACCAUAAAGGCCAACCGCCUCCGCCUAGAGACUAUUCUUGCCCAUUUUGAGGAAACUUGUGAUAAGAUACCUGCUUUCUUCUACAAUAUGAUGGCAUCCAAAAUCAAAAAUGUGGAGUGCGUGCUUCGUCAUGGUUUGGUUCUGUUAAACUGGUCAUCUCUCAUCCUAGACAACUUCUUCAAAAAUGUUGAUGUUGCUAUGGCGGAUCUGACCCAAGUGCUCCAAAAGGUGCGUGACAUCUGUGACAUGCACGUUGAUGCUGCCCUUCAAGACAUCUCAGAGACUGUUCUGGUGGGCCUCCCAGAGGACAGGCCCUCCUCGCUGAAAGCCCUCGUCAGCAUCAAUGAGAAUAAGUGUGCAGAGUGGGCCAAUACUUUAGAGCGCAGGAGCGUGCAGGUUGAGGAGGCUGUGAAGGAGCUGAUUUGGACGUUCAAACUGAUCUAUGAGUCCAAGAAAAACAAAAAAACUGGAGAGGAGCCAAUUAAACGUGUUGCAUUCUCAGAGGAAGUGGAGGCUCCGUCUGACGAGGAUGGACUGAAUUCAGACUCCCAGGAAGCUGACAAAGAUGAUGACUUUGAGAAGGAGUGCAAAGAGAUGUACACCUGCUUCAGCUCCAAGCUACUGGAUGCAUUGGUCAAAGCAACAAGAUUGUCUCUGGACACUUUGAAGAGAAGGAUUUUUGUUACAACGCUGUCUGCAAGAAAAGGCAGAUUCACCUCGAAGUCAGAUGAGGUGGUCAAUUUCAUCCAGUCUGAAGUACACCUUGCCAUACCUAAUGUGGUUAUGGUGCCCAGUCUGGAUGACAUCCAGCAGGCCAUCAUCCGGCUGGUGCACCUGAUCCUGGAGGUCAGUCGAGGAGUGGCACGCUGGGGGCAGGAACGCUGCGUUGAUGACAAGCCCUGUGCCAAACGUGAGAACUUCUACCAGAGUGUGGCUGAGCACAAAGACGUGUGCAAGCUGGUGGCCCUCCUGACGUCAUCGGUCAACUCUCUGAGGAAACCAGCCAGUGAUGUCAUGAAGCUGUUCCUCCCGUUCAAGGUGAUCUGGGCGGAGGACAGACAAGCCAAAGUCAAGGAAUUUAUGGACAGUGGCCCAUACCUGACUCAGAUCAAGUCUGAGAUUCUGCACUAUUUGUCCUUUGAACAAGAGAUUGAGGAUAUCAAGGGGACAAUUAUUCUGGGAUGUAUUGAAUUGUCAACAGCUCCGCUAAAAAUGUCCCUGACAGUGGAGGCGAAGGCCUGGAAGAAGCUGCUGUGCAGAUACCUGAACGAGGAAUACAAGACCAAGAUGAUGGAGAUCUCAACGUUCACUACAGAGCACCUCAAAAAGCUCUCCAGACCCAUCGCUGACCUGGAGGAUGUCCGCUUCGCCAUGGAAGCUCUGUCUGACAUCAGGGACUCGGAGAUAAAGAUAGACAUGACUUUGGGGCCCAUCGAGGAGGCCUAUGGCAUCCUGAAUAGAUUUGAGGUGGAGGUGACUAAAGAGGAGGCAGAAGGAGUGGACACUCUCAGAUACUCCUUCAUUAAACUGCAGUCCAAGGCGAGAUCAGUGCAAGAUGAGCUAGUUCGUGUUCAACCCAAGUUCAAACAAAACAUGUUGGAAUCAGUCAUUGUCUUCCAAAAGGAUGUUACAACAUUUUCAGACCAGUAUGAAAAGGAAGGUCCAAUGGUACCAGGGAUUGCUCCUAAAGAGGCCAGCGCGAGGCUUCAGAUCUCUCAGGCCAGAUGUGAUGACCUGUACAGGAAGUUCAUCACAUAUUCCUCAGGAGAGCAGCUGUUUGGCUUGCCAGUCACAGAUUAUGAGACUUUGCAGCAAACUAAGAAAGAGCUGGGCCUUCUGCAGAAGCUUUAUGGCCUUUAUGACACAGUGAUGAACAACAUCAGUGGGUACUACGACAUCCUGUGGACAGAGGUGGACAUUGAGAAGAUUAAUGCAGAGCUGUUAGAAUUUCAGAACAGGUGCCGCAAGUUGCCCAAGGGUCUGAAGGACUGGAAGGCCUUCCAGGAUCUAAAGAAGAGGAUUGAUGACUUCAGCGAGUCCUGCCCCCUGCUGGAGAUGAUGGCCAACAAGGCCAUGAAGCAGAGGCACUGGGACCGCAUCACUGGUCUGACGGGACACAAGUUUGAGGUGGAUUCAGACACCUUCUCUCUGCAGAACAUUAUGGAAGCACCCCUGUUGAAGUACAAGGAGGACAUUGAGGAUAUCUGUAUCUCAGCUGUGAAGGAGAAGGACAUCGAAGCCAAGCUGUCUCAGGUGGUGGACGUCUGGUCCAGCCUGUCUCUCAGCUUCAUGAACUUCAAGGGCCGAGGAGAGCUGAUGCUGCGAGGCACCGACACGGCUGAGAUCGUUACCGCCAUGGAGGACAGCCUGAUGCUGCUGGGCUCACUGCUCAGCAACAGAUAUAAUGCCCCCUUCAAGAAGGACAUCCAGAACUGGGUCUUUAAGCUCUCCACCUCCUCUGACAUCAUUGAGCUGUGGCUCAUUGUCCAGAACUUGUGGGUCUAUCUGGAGGCUGUGUUUGUUGGAGGAGACAUUGCCAAACAGCUACCACAAGAAGCAAAGCGCUUUCAGAACAUUGACAAAGCCUGGAUCAAGAUCAUGCAGCGAGCUCAUGAGAUCCCCAAUGUAGUGCAGUGCUGUGUGGGCGAUGAAACCAUGGGCCAGCUCCUGCCUUACCUCCAGGAACAGCUGGAGCUCUGUCAGAAGUCUCUCACAGGGUACUUGGAGAAAAAGAGGCUUCAGUUCCCCAGAUUCUUCUUCGUGUCUGAUCCCUCUCUUCUGGAGAUCCUUGGACAAGCCAGUGAUUCACACACCAUUCAGCCUCACCUCCUCGGAGUGUUUGACAAUGUCAACGAAGUUGAAUUCCAUGCCAAAGACUACGACAAGAUAAUAGCUGUAGUUUCUCAAGAGGGAGAAAAAGUGCCGCUGGACCACCCUGUGAUGGCCAGGGGCCCGGUGGAGCUGUGGCUGGGGGAGCUGCAGCAGCUUCAGCAGUCUUCCCUGCACUCUGUCAUUAAAGCAGCCGACAUCCAGAUCAAUGACACCGGCUUCCAGCUCCUCACCUUCCUCAACCAGUUCCAAGCACAGGUGGGCCUCCUGGGGAUCCAGAUGCUGUGGACACGAGACUCAGAAGAGGCGCUGCGCAACGCCAAAGAUGACAAGAAGAUCAUGCCUCUCAUGAACCAGAAGUUCCUUGAUCUGCUCAACAUGCUCAUUUCACAGACCACACAUGACCUGACCAAGUUUGACCGUGUCAAGUUUGAGACUCUGGUCACCAUCCAUGUGCAUCAGAGGGACAUCUUUGACGACUUGGUAAAGAUGCACGUCAGAUCCACCACUGACUUUGAGUGGCUGAAGCAGAGCAGGUUUUACUUCAAGGAGGAUGUGGAUCACGUCCUUGUGUCCAUUACUGAUGUCGACUUUGUAUAUCAGAACGAGUUCCUGGGCUGCACAGAUCGUUUGGUCAUCACCCCUCUCACUGACAGGUGCUACAUCACGCUGUCCCAGGCCCUGGGCAUGAGCAUGGGCGGGGCCCCAGCAGGGCCUGCAGGGACGGGGAAGACCGAGACCACCAAGGACAUGGGCCGCUGCCUGGGGAAGUACGUGGUGGUCUUCAACUGCUCCGACCAGAUGGACUUCAGAGGACUCGGCAGGAUUUAUAAAGGGCUUGCCCAGUCAGGGUCGUGGGGUUGCUUUGAUGAGUUCAACAGGAUCGACCUGCCUGUGCUGUCUGUAGCUGCUCAGCAGAUCUACGUCGUCUUGUCAUCCCGCAAGGAGCAAAAACGGAACUUCAUCUUCACUGAUGGGGACCUUGUGGACCUCAACCCAGAGUUUGGGCUCUUCAUUACCAUGAAUCCUGGCUACGCUGGUCGGCAGGAGCUCCCAGAGAACCUGAAGGUCCAGUUCAGGACUGUGUCCAUGAUGGUGCCUGACCGACAGAUCAUCAUGAGAGUCAAACUGGCCAGCUGUGGUUUUAUUGAGAACGUCGUCCUGGCUCAGAAGUUUUUUGUCCUCUACAAACUGUGUGAGGAGCAACUGACUAAACAGGUCCAUUAUGAUUUUGGUCUGAGGAACAUCCUGUCAGUUCUGAGAACUCUGGGUGCUAAUAAAAGAGCGCGUCCCGCCGACUCCGAGUCCAGCACCGUCAUGAGAGUGCUCCGGGACAUGAACCUCUCCAAACUGGUGGACGAGGACGAGCCUCUGUUCCUGAGUCUGAUCAGUGACCUGUUCCCUGGGAUCCAGCUGGACGGCAGCACCUAUGCAGACCUGCAGGUGGCUGUGGAGAACCAGGUGCAGCUGGCUGGCAUCGUCAACCACCCACCCUGGAACCUUAAGCUCGUCCAGCUGUAUGAGUCUUCACGUGUGCGCCACGGCCUGAUGACACUAGGACCCAGCGGCGCAGGGAAGACCGUGGUCAUCAACAUCCUGAUGCGUGCUCUGACAGAGUGUGGACUUCCUCACAGGGAGAUGCGUAUGAACCCGAAGGCCAUCACUGCCCCGCAGAUGUUCGGUCGCCUUGACGCAGCCACUAAUGACUGGACCGACGGCAUAUUCUCCACUCUGUGGAGGAAGACCCUGAAAGCUAAGAAGGGGGAGUUCAUUUGGAUAGUGCUCGACGGGCCUGUAGAUGCCAUCUGGAUCGAAAACCUCAACUCUGUGUUAGAUGACAAUAAGACUUUGACCCUGGCUAACGGGGACCGGAUCGUCAUGUCUCCUGUGUGUAAGCUGGUGUUCGAGGUGCACAACAUGGACAAUGCCUCCCCAGCCACAGUGUCCAGAGUGGGCAUGGUGUUCAUGAGCUCCUCUGCUCUCAGCUGGAGGCCCAUCCUUCAGGGAUGGGCUAACAAACGCAGCGCUCAGGAGGCCGACGGCAUCAUGACUUUGUACGACAAGAUAUUUGAGGAUGCUUACGUGUUUUUGAAUCAAAGUCUAAAACCUAAAAUGGACUUUUUAGAGUGCAAUUACAUCAUGCAGUCGGUGAACCUGCUGGAGGGUCUGAUCCCCACCAAGGAGGCCGGGGGUCUGCUGAGCCCCAUGCAGCUGGAGCGCCUGUUCGUCUUCUCCCUGAUGUGGAGCCUGGGGGCUCUGCUGGAGCUGGAGGACCGGGAGAAGCUGGAGGCCUUCCUCAGGGCUCACAAGAGCCACGUCAGCCUGCCCAAAACACUGGAGGGACAGACCAUCUUUGAGUACAUGGUCAACCCACAGGGUGAAUGGGACCAUUGGGAUAACUAUGUGGUAGAGUACAUCUAUCCUACUGACUGUGUGCCAGACUAUGCCUCCAUCCUUGUGCCUAACGUGGAUAACACCAGAACCAGUUUCCUGUUGGAGACGAUCGCAAAACAACGCAAGGCUGUGCUGCUCAUCGGCGAACAAGGAACUGCAAAGACAGUGAUGAUAAAAGGCUACACAAAGAAAUAUGACCCUGAAACAGACCUCUCCAAGUCACUUAACUUCUCAUCCGCGACUGAGCCUACCAUGUUCCAGCGCACAGUGGAGAGCUACAUUGAGAAGAGAAUGGGCAGUACUUACGGCCCUCCAGGAGGGCGCAGGAUGACCAUCUUCAUAGAUGACAUCAACAUGCCUGUGGUGAAUGCGUGGGGAGACCAGAUCACCAAUGAAAUAGUCCGUCAGAUGAUGGAGAUGACGGGUAUGUACAGUCUAGACAAACCUGGGGACUUCACCACCAUAGUGGACCUGCAGAUGCUGGCAGCCAUGAUUCACCCCGGGGGUGGGAGGAACGAUAUCCCCCAGAGACUAAAGAGACAGUUUUCUGUCUUCAACUGCACUCUGCCCUCCAACACAUCCAUCGACAAGAUCUUUGGCGUCAUGGGCGGUGGGUAUUUCCAUGAAUGCAGAGAAUUCAAGCCUGAGGUUUCUGAGAUGGUGAAGUAUCUUGUGUCUGCUGGCAGGAUUCUGUGGCAGUGGACCAAGGUGAAAAUGCUGCCCACACCAUCCAAGUUCCACUACGUGUUUAACUUGAGAGACUUGUCUAGAAUCUGGCAGGGCAUGCUCAACAUGAGAGCAGAGGAGUGUGAGGAUGUCCACACGCUUCUGGCUCUGUUCAAGAGUGAAUGCACCAGGGUGAUCGCAGAUAGGUUUGUGUGCUCUGAGGAUAAGAACUGGUUUGAGAAGGGAAUCAGCAAGGUGAUCCAGGAGCAUGUUGACCCCAGCCUGGUGGCAGAGCUACACUCGGAUCCUUACUUUGUGGACUUCCUGAGAGAGGCCCCGGAGCCCACGGGGGAGGAAAACGACGACUCCAACUUUGAUGCUCCCAAAAUUUACGAGCUGAUCCCCGGCUUUGACUUCCUUAGUGACAAGCUCAUGACGUACCAGACCCAGUACAACGAAGCAGUCCGAGGGGCCAGCUUAGACCUGGUGUUCUUCACCGACGCCAUGACCCACCUCAUCAAGAUCUCGCGCAUCAUCCGGACAGACUGUGGGAAUGCUCUGCUGGUGGGAGUAGGAGGGUCAGGGAAACAGAGUCUCACCCGGCUGGCUUCCUUCAUUGCGGGAUACAGCAUAUUUCAAAUCACUCUGACCAGAACAUAUAAUAUCAGCAACCUGAUGGAUGACCUGAAGCUGCUGUACAGAACAGCUGGAGCUGAUGGGAAAGGCAUCACCUUCGUAUUCACAGACAAUGAAAUCAAGGAUGAGGCCUUCCUUGAGUACCUCAACAACGUGCUGUCAUCUGGAGAGGUGUCUAACCUAUUUGCUCGGGAUGAGCUGGAUGAGAUCACCCAAAGCCUGAUCAAUGUGAUGAAGAAGGAGCAGCCUCGCAUACCGCCAACCUUCGACAACUUGUACGACUACUUCAUCUCCCGGGCCAGGAAGAACCUGCACGUGGUGCUGUGCUUCUCGCCGGUUGGGGAGAAAUUCCGCUCGCGCUCUCUGAAGUUCCCAGGGCUGAUAUCCGGCUGCACCAUGGACUGGUUCACUCCCUGGCCUAGUGAGGCCCUGGUGGCCGUGUCCAACUACUUCCUGUCUGAGUUCCACAUGGUGUGCUCUGCAGAGGUCAAGGCUGGCGUGGUCCAGACCAUGGGGGUGUACCAUGACAAGGUGUCCCAAGCCUGCGACAGCUACUUUGAGAGGUUCAGAAGAAGAACUCACGUCACUCCUAAAUCAUACUUGUCCUUUAUUAAUGGAUACAAAACAGUUUACUCAGAGAAGCACAACUACAUUGACAACCUGGCAGAGCGCAUGAACAUAGGUUUGUCUAAGUUGAUGGAGGCCAGUGAGUCUGUAGCACAACUGUCCAAAGACCUGGUGCUGAAGGAGAAAGAGCUGGCUCUCGCCUCAGUCAAAGCAGACAAGGUGCUGGCAGAGGUGACAGUGAGUGCCGCGGCAGCCUCCAUUGUGAAGAACGAGGUCCAGAUUGUGAAAGAUAGAGCCCUCAAAAUUGUGGAAGGAAUUGAAUCGGAGAAGGCCUACGCAGAGGUCAAACUCCAGGCUGCUAAACCAGCUCUAGCAGAGGCAGAGGCUGCUUUGAAUACCAUCAAGGCUGCUGACAUUGCCACUGUGAGGAAGUUGGCCAAACCGCCCCAUCUAAUCAUGAGGAUUAUGGAUUGUGGCCUCCUGCUGUUCCAGAAGAAGUUGGACACCAUAACUAUGGACCCAGAGAGGCCUUGUCACAGGCCCUCGUGGUCAGAGGCUCUCAAGCUUAUGGGUGCCAGCGGCUUCAUGGCCUCCCUGCAGCAGUUCCCCAAGGACAACAUCAACGAGGAGAUGGUGGAGCUUCUGCAGCCCUACUUCCGCAUGGAGGACUACACCUUUGAAAAUGCCAAGAAAGUGUGUGGUAAUGUGGCCGGCCUGCUGUCCUGGACUAGGGCUAUGGGCACUUUCUUUGGCAUCAACAAGGAAGUACUUCCACUCAAGGCUAACCUGAUCAUCCAGGAGGGCAGGCUGACGCUGGCCAAUGCUGAGCUGGCCACGGCUCAGUCUCAGCUGGACGACAAGCAGGCCGAGCUGGACCUGGUGCAGGCCAAGUUUGACGCUGCCAUGAAAGAAAAACAGGACUUGCUGGACGAUGCUGAAUCGUGCAGGAGAAAGAUGCAGGCGGCCUCCACUCUCAUUGAUGGGCUGAGUGGAGAGAAAGUCCGCUGGACUCAGCAGAGCAAAGAGUUUAAAUCCCAGAUCAACAGACUUGUGGGGGAUGUCCUCCAGCUGACCGGCUUCCUGUCUUACUGCGGACCCUUCAACCAGAACUUCCGCAACAUGCUGUUAAAGGAGGUGUGGGAGUCAGAGCUCCGCAAGCGGCAGAUCCCUUUUUCAGAAAAUCUCAAUGUCAUCUCCAUGCUGGUCGACCCUCCCACUAUAAGCGAAUGGAACCUGCAAGGAUUGCCUGGAGAUGAUUUAUCGGUGCAGAAUGGCAUCAUAGUCACCAAAGCCACCAGAUUCCCCCUGCUCAUGGACCCUCAGACCCAGGGCAAGGCUUGGAUCAAGCAAAAAGAAAAAGCCAACAAUCUGCAGGUCACAUCCCUGAACCACAAGAUGUUCCGUACCCAUCUGGAGGACAGCUUGUCCCAGGGACGGCCCCUGCUCAUAGAGGACAUCCGCGAGGAGCUGGACCCUGCUCUGGACAACGUGCUGGAGAAGAAUUUCAUCAAGUCUGGUUCCACCUACAAGGUGAAAGUGGGAGACAAAGAGACGGAUGUGAUGAAGGGCUUCCGGCUCUACAUCACCACCAAGCUUCCUAACCCUGCAUACACACCAGAGGUCAGCGCCAAGACCUCCAUCAUCGACUUCACCGUCACCAUGAAGGGUCUGGAGAACCAGCUGCUGGGCAGGGUCAUCCUCACCGAGAAAUACGAGCUGGAGGCAGAGAGAGUGAAGCUGAUGGAGGACGUCACAGCCAACAAGAGGAAGAUGAAGGAGCUGGAGGAUAACCUGCUGUACAAGCUCAGCUCCACCAAGGGUUCGCUGGUUGACGAUGAGUCUAUGAUCGGGAUCCUGAGCGUGACCAAGCUGACGGCGGCGGAGGUGAGUGAGAAGCUGCACGUGGCAGCAGAGACGGAGGUGAAGAUCACCCUGGCUUCAGAGGAGUACCGCCCCGCCGCCUCGCGAGGCAGCACCCUCUACUUCCUCAUCACAGAGAUGAGCAUGGUCAACGUCAUGUACCAGACCUCCCUGGCUCAGUUCCUCAAGAUCUUCGAUCUGUCCAUGGCCAAGUCAGAGAAGUCUCCCCUGACUCAGAAGCGCAUUGGCAACAUCAUUGAAUACUUGACCUACCAGGUGUUCAAGUACUCAGUCCGAGGCUUGUAUGAACCCCACCAGUUCAUCUUCACGCUCCUGCUGGCUCUCAAGAUUGACUUACAAAAGGGCAACGUCAAGCACAACGAGUUCCAAAUCCUCAUUAAAGGGGGGGCUGCCUUAAAUCUGAAGUCUUCUCCCUCCAAGCCGUUCCGCUGGAUCCUGGAUCUGACCUGGCUGAACUUGGUGGAACUCAGCAAACUACCCCAGUUCACUGAGAUCAUGAACCAGGUUUCUCGCAAUGAGAAGUGUUGGAAGAUGUGGUUUGACAUGGACUCCCCAGAGGAGGGUGUGAUCCCCGACGGAUACAACGACUCUCUGGACGUCUUUCACAAGCUGCUGCUGAUCAGAUCCUGGUGCCCGGACCGCACCAUCUCCCAGGCCAGGAAGUACGUAGGAGACUCGAUGGGCAUGAGGUUUGCUGAUCCUGUCAUCCUCAAUCUGGAGCACACCUGGGAGGAGAGUGACACACGCACCCCUCUCAUCUGCUUCCUGUCCAUGGGCUCAGAUCCCACCAACCAGAUCGACGCUCUGGCCAAGAAGCUCAGACUGGAGUGCAGAGCUAUAUCCAUGGGACAAGGGCAGGAGGUGCACGCCAGGAAGCUCAUCCAGAUGUCAAUAGCCCAGGGUGGCUGGGUCCUGCUUCAGAAUUGCCAUUUGGGUCUGGAGUUCAUGGAAGAGCUGCUUGAGACCAUCACGGUGACGGAGACCAUGAACAAAAGCUUCAGAGUGUGGAUCACCACCGAGCCCCAAGAUCGCUUCUCCAUCACGCUGCUACAGUCUUCCAUCAAGUUCACCAAUGAUCCGCCGCAGGGCGUGCGAGCUGGCCUGAAGCGCACGUUUGCUGGGAUCUCUCAGGAUCAGCUGGACAUCAGCAGCCUGCGCAUGUGGAAGCCCAUGCUGUACAACGUGGCCUUCCUGCACACCGUCGUACAGGAACGGAGGAAGUUUGGGCCGCUGGGGUGGAACAUUCCAUACGAGUUCAACUCUUCUGACUUCACUGCCAGUGUCCAGUUUGUUCAGAACCACUUAGACGAAUGCACCCCCAAGAAGGGUGUGUCGUGGGUGACAGUGCGUUACAUGCUAGGAGAGGUGCAGUAUGGAGGAAGGGUUACUGAUGACUAUGACAAACGACUGCUCAAUUGCUUCUCGCGGGUGUGGUUCCAUGACAAGAUCUUUGAGCCAACAUUCUGCUUCUACUCCGGGUAUAAAGUCCCCGUGUGUAAGACCGUAGAGCAGUACAUGGAGUACAUCCAGACCCUGCCUGCAACAGACUCACCGCAGGUGUUCGGCCUGCACCCCAAUGCUGACAUCACGUACCAGACCAACACCUCGGCCAACGUGCUGGAGACCAUCACCAACAUCCAGCCCAAGGAGAGCGGAGGAGGAGCCGGGGAGACCAGAGAGUCCAUCGUGUACAGGCUGGCCGAUGAGAUGCUGCAGAAGCUUCCUCCUAACUACGUCCCUCACGAGGUGAAAGCCAGACUGCUGAAGAUGGGAGCCCUGAGCUCCAUGAACAUUUUCCUCCGGCAGGAAGUGGACCGGAUGCAGAGGAUCAUUGGCGCGGUGCGCACCAGCCUGGUCGACCUCAAGCUCGCCAUUGAAGGCACCAUCAUCAUGAGUGAGAACCUCCGUGAUGCUCUGGACAACAUGUUUGACGCCCGUGUUCCUAACUUGUGGAAGAAAAUCUCCUGGGAAUCCUCCACAAUUGGUUUCUGGUUCACUGAGCUGCUAGAGAGAAACUCCCAGUUCUACAGCUGGGUGUUCGAUGGAAGACCCAAAACCUUCUGGAUGACUGGGUUCUUCAACCCACAGGGAUUCUUGACCGCUAUGAGACAGGAGGUGACCCGGGCCCAUAAGGGCUGGGCUCUGGACAUGGUCACCCUGCACAACGAGGUGCUGAAGCAGAGCAGAGAGGAGAUCACCGCCGCCCCCGCUGAGGGGGUGUUUGUGUACGGCCUGUACCUGGACGGGGCAGGCUGGGACAGGAGAAACAGCCGUCUGAUCGAGUCCACGCCAAAGGUCCUGUUCACACCGCUGCCCGUCAUCCACAUGUUUGCCAUCAACUCCACGGCCCCCAAGGACCCCAAGCUGUACAUCUGCCCCGUCUACAAGAAGCCCCGACGCACAGACCUCACGUACAUCACAGGGGUGGUGAUAAAGACAGUCCAGUCACCAGACCACUGGAUACUGCGUGGGGUGGCCUUGCUUUGUGACAUCAAAUGAUGGGACACCUGCUCUGUCCUUCUGGUUACAUAUUUCAGUGACCUACUAACUGUUUAUCCAUUAAGAACAAUGCAUGUCUUAUGAACAUAUGACUUCAAAGUGUUACCUUUUUGAUGUUAUUUGAAAUAA